AUGGGGAAUCUCCGCUCCUUGCUGCUCACUUGGGCCAUUGCGACGGCUGUAGACGCCAGUGAGCCCAAUUGGUUCCAGACGGUGCCGGACAACUACGCUGGCCCGACACCUACCGGUGCUGCUCCUUUCCUGGCAGAGGUCAACCCAGCACCCUUUGGUCAGGCUACCCCUUACUUUUCUCCCUCUGAAGGGUUCGGAGUGGAUGAAUAUCCUCUGCCCAAGGGCGCGAGCAUCACCCACAUGCACAUGCUCCAGCGCCAUGGCGCCAGAUAUCCUUCUGCAGAAGAAGGAUUGGGUCCAUGGGCGGCUGGCAUUGUCAAUGCUGGCGCGGUAUUCACCGGCGAACUGGAGUUCCUGAAUGACUGGACCUACAAGUUGGGAGAGGAGAUCCUUGUCCCCCAAGGCCGCCAGGAGCUUUUUGACAGCGGUAUCCUAAACUACUACAACUACGGCCACCUAUAUGAUAAUUCGUCUAAGAUAGUUGUGCGCACCACACUAGAGUCGCGCAUGCUCGAGAGUUGUGAGAACUUCCUCGCUGGCUUUUUCGGUCUUGACUGGAAGAAGCAUGCUAAUAUCCUGGCCACCAUUGAUCCUGCUGUGACGGGCGACGAAGCAUGCACAAAAUCAGGGGAGACCAUGAUGGUUGCGAUUGAGGAGCCAGUGGGCACCUGGACGGAGACCUAUCUGAAAGACCGCACCGCCAAACUGCAGCGUCUCACCGGGAACUACAACUGGACCGUGACCGACACCUCCCACGCACAGGCCCUCUGUCCCUACGAGACCAUCAGUCUGGGCUACAGCCCGUUCUGCCAGCUGUUCGACUAUCAAGAGUGGCAGGGCUACGAGUACAUGCAGGACAUCGAGUUCGCCGCCAUGUCAGGCUUCCUCAGUCCCACGGGCCGGGCACAGGGUAUUUCCUGGGUGGAAGAGUUCUUGGCGCGGGUGGAAGGCCAUUUCGUCGAUGUGCCUGCCAAUAUGACUGGAGCCAAUAUGACUCUGGACACGAACCCGGUUACUUUCCCCCUGGAUCAGUCGCUUUACCUGGAAUUCACCCACGAUGCCAACAUCGUCUCCGUCCUGACUGCGUUCGGACUGACCCAGUUUGCGGAUUUCCUGCCUGCUACCGGCCCGCCGAAGAACCAGCAGUUCGUCACGAGCAAACUGGUUCCCUUUGCCGGUCGGCUCAACAUUGAGAUCAUCACGGCACCACACAAAGUGUCGACCAGGCGGUCGCGAAAGGUUUCCUCGGAUGAUUAUGUUCGUGGUACUGGCAAGACGCAGUAUGUGCACUUUAUCCAGAACCAGCGCACUAUCCCGCUGCACGCCAGCUUCGAGGCAUGUGAGUACCGCGAGGAUGGGUGGUGCGAAUUGGAGACGUUCUUGAAGGUGCAGAAACAAAGUCUGGCCAACGCCGAGUACCAGCAUGCUUGCUUUGGGAACUGGACAAUGAAAGAGUAUGGGGCAGCGAGAGAUGGGGUGCCCGUUUAG